UUGGGCGCGAGAGCCAUGGAGGCGCUGAGAGAGUCUGUGCUGCACUUGGCCUUGCAGAUGUCGACCUACAAGCGGGCUACGCUGGACGAGGAGGACCUGGUGGACUCCCUCUCCGAGGGCGACGUGUACCCGAAUCACCUGCAGGUGAACUUCCGAAGUCCCCGGAGUGGCCAGAGGUGCUGGGCCGCGCGGACCCAGGUGGAGAAGCGGCUGGUGGUGCUGGUGGUACUUCUGGCGGCAGGACUGGUGGCUUGCUUGGCAGCGCUGGGCGUCCAGUACCGGACAAGAACCCCCUCUGUGUGCCUAAGUGAGGCCUGCAUCUCAGUGACCAGCUCCAUCUUGAGUUCCAUGGACCCCACGGUGGACCCCUGCCAGGACUUCUUCACCUACGCCUGUGGCGGCUGGAUCAAAGCCAACCCCGUGCCCGAUGGCCACUCACGCUGGGGGACCUUCAGCAACCUCUGGGAACACAACCAGGCCAUCAUCAAGCACCUCCUCGAAAACUCCACAGCCAGUGUGAGCGAGGCAGAAAGGAAGGCCCAGGUAUACUACCGUGCGUGUAUGAACGAAACCAGGAUUGAGGAGCUCAAAGCCAAACCCCUGAUGGAGCUGAUUGAGAAGCUCGGGGGCUGGAACAUCACAGGGCCCUGGGACAAGGACAACUUCCAGGACACCCUGCAGGUGGUCACGUCCCACUACCGCACCUCGCCCUUCUUCUCCGUCUACGUCAGCGCCGACUCCAAGAACUCCAACAGCAACGUGAUCCAAGUGGACCAGUCUGGCCUGGGCUUACCCUCGAGGGACUAUUACCUGAACAAGACCGAAAAUGAGAAGGUGCUGACGGGAUACCUGAACUACAUGGUCCAGCUGGGGAAGCUACUGGGCGGCGGGGAUGAGGACACCACGCCCCAGAUGCAGCAGAUCCUGGACUUUGAGACGGCUGCUAACAUUACCAUCCCCCAGGAGAAGCGCCGGGACGAGGAGCUCAUCUACCACAAAGUGACGGCAGCCGAGCUGCAGACCUUGGCACCUGCCAUCAACUGGCUGCCCUUCCUCAAUGCCAUCUUCUACCCCGUGGAGAUCAAUGAAUCCGAACCUAUUGUCAUCUAUGACAAAGAGUACCUGGGACAGGUCUCCACCCUCAUCAACAACACGGACAAAUGCCUGCUGAACAACUACAUGAUCUGGAACCUGGUGCGGAAGACAAGCUCCUUCCUGGAUCAGCGCUUUCAGGAUGCCGAUGAGAAGUUCAUGGAGGUCAUGUAUGGAACCAAGAAGACCUGUCUCCCUCGCUGGAAGUUCUGCGUGAGUGACACGGAGAACACCUUGGGCUUCGCCCUGGGCCCCAUGUUCGUCAAAGCGACUUUCGCCGAGGACAGCAAGAACAUAGCCAGCGAGAUAAUCCUGGAGAUCAAGAAGGCAUUUGAAGAGAGCCUGAGCACCCUGAAAUGGAUGGAUGAAGACACUCGGAAGUCGGCCAAGGAAAAGGCGGACGCCAUCUACAACAUGAUAGGCUACCCCAACUUCAUCAUGGACCCCAAGGAGCUGGACAAAGUGUUCAAUGACUACACUGCGGUUCCAGACCUCUACUUCGAGAACGCCAUGCGGUUUUUCAACUUCUCCUGGAGAGUCACUGCUGACCAGCUCCGGAAAGCUCCCAACAGAGACCAGUGGAGCAUGACCCCGCCCAUGGUCAACGCCUACUACUCGCCCACCAAGAAUGAGAUCGUGUUUCCGGCGGGAAUCCUGCAGGCACCGUUCUACACCCGCUCUCACCCAAGUAGGAUUGCCUUAAACUUUGGUGGCAUCGGCGUCGUCGUGGGCCACGAGCUGACUCAUGCUUUUGACGAUCAAGGACGGGAGUAUGACAAGGACGGGAACCUCCGGCCCUGGUGGAAGAACUCGUCCGUGGAGGCUUUCAAGCAGCAGACCGAGUGCAUGGUGGAGCAGUACGGCAACUACAGCGUGAAUGGCGAGCUGGUAAACGGCCGGCACACCCUCGGGGAGAACAUCGCCGAUAACGGGGGCCUCAAGGCGGCCUAUCGGGCCUACCAGAAUUGGGUGAAGAAGAAUGGGGCUGAGCAGACGUUGCCCACACUGGGCCUCACCAAUAACCAGCUCUUCUUCCUGGGCUUUGCACAGGUCUGGUGCUCUGUCCGCACACCUGAGAGCUCCCACGAAGGCCUCAUCACCGAUCCCCACAGCCCCUCCCGCUUCCGGGUCAUCGGCUCCAUCUCCAACUCCAAGGAGUUCUCGGAACACUUCCACUGCCCACCCGGCUCGCCCAUGAACCCUCAUCACAAGUGUGAAGUCUGGUGAGGGGCCAAGCGCCAGAGGCCGAGACGGAGGAAGAGGGGGAGGGACUGAGGAUGAGCCCCCAGGGCGGGGCCCGCCAGGCUGCCCCCUCCAUCCAGCGUCCAGGGCGUCGCCCAGCCCCCUUGGCCACCUCCGGCCCCCUUCCCUGCACUGGAGGGUUUUCAGCUGGAACCAAGCCUGUGAUGCGGGUUCUCACCGUCGUCCGAGAUUCGAUCCCUUGUGAAGACCCUGUGGGCCCAGGCUCAUGUGUGUCAACUCUGUCGAGCAUUUGGGUGUCAGGCUGGUGGCUCACCAGGCCUGGGCCCCACAAGGGCAGGGGACAUGGCCCUCCUGCCCACAUCCAGGGCCAGAUACACCACAAAUACCACUGUGUCAAAUGCUUUAAAGAUAUAUUUUUGGGGAAACUCUUUUUUAAACAUUGUGGAAUACACUGGAAGUCUUCAGGGAAAUAAUGCAUUUAAAACACUUUUUUUUUUUUUUAAGGAAAGGAUUGGUAUAUUUAUUACGUUCUGUUUUUCUAAAUAACCUGUGGACAAGGGAAGCCCCCACUGAUUUACUGCCCUUCUCUUCCUCACUCGCAGCAAGGUUGGGCCGAAGCGGGGUCCCCAGCCCCUGAGCAGGUCCCCAAGUACAGAGCUGCCUCCUCCGCCCUUGGGCUGCGAUUUCAGCCUUCUUCCCCCUUCUUGGUCCCCUGGUGCAGAGAGCCAAGGCCUGGAAGCCUGGCAGAGGGAGGGGCAGCCCUCUGGCACUGCCCCCUCUGUGUGCCUGCCUCUGUCCCUAGUGUCCAACAGAGGGAACCCCAACAAGGGAGAGCUGAUCCCCAAAGUUGCAGCAGGAGACUAAUGGCUGCAUAAGGCCAGGUCAGGGUUCUCGAACCCUGCCUAGAGGUACCCCUGCACCCUGGACCCAGGUCACAGGAGCCCUGCGAGGCUGGCCCGCCCCCAUCAGGUGGGGUCUCCUGUGCCAUGGAUGCUCUCUUUCCACCCGCUUCUUCUGGCCUCCUCGUGUCAGUCUAGGGGCCUGUUGCCUCUCCGUGUUAUUUACAUUUCCCCCCCCUCCCGCAUCCCAUCCACUUCGGGCUGAAGAAAAGAGAAAGCAGCUCUCAUCUCCAAGGGACCCAAUCCUUCCUCCAAGCUCUGUCCUCCACCACCGGCCUGGGCCUGGCCCCCAGGACCACAGCCAGCCCCCCUCCGAUCUCUAGUGCCUUAUCUGAGGCUGCGCCCGGGCUCCCACAAGGAGACAGACCUCUGCCCCCCGGAGCCCCUUGGCCUUCUCAGUAAAGACCCCAAGUUUCCUGACUGGAACAUAAGGCCAUACACCCUACUCCCAGUGCCCAUGCAGCUGCCUGGAAGCUCUGGCCCACAGGUCAGGAGCCUGAGGAACCCCUGAACCUGCUCUGGGCUCCGUCCCACCCUCAGCCCCUUGGGUUAACUCAAGACAAUGCUUGUAGCCAGACCCACUCUUCCUGGGGGGUGCUUUCAGCUGCAGGAGACUGCAGGGGGAAGCUUCCCCCGACCUGCUCCAUCUGGCCCAAGGUGUCAGGGGACCAGGAAUGCCGUCUCCCCACUGCAGCCAGUUUGGACAGCAGGUCGGGAGCGCCCCCACCUGGUGGAGCUCACGUCGCCCUCCCAUCUGGCAGCCCAGGCCCCUGGGUUGACCCCCUCCCAGCAGGAGCCAGACUUCUCCCUGCCCGAGAGGGCAGACAGCUGGGCCACUGCCUCGCCCACCAUCAGAUCAGCCCUGGAGAGGGGGCAGGGGUGUUGGGUGCAGGCUCCAGAUGAGGCCCUGGUCCCCACAAGCAGCAGGCCUGGUCCGGCUUCAGAGGAAAGCUCGGACAGGGGCCUGAGGAGGAGCUGGAGUCAGGAGCCCACCAUGGGGAGGCCAGCUCUCCCAGGCCUGGGCCUUCCCCACACCCCCUCGCCCCCACCCUCCUGCCCCCCAGCCUUCUGUGUGGAGGGUCACAGUCCUUGUGUGUCUUGGCACCGCAGACCGGGACCUGCCAGCCAGAAGCAGGUGGCUUAGGGCUGAGGGUCCGGGCAGAGGACGCGUCCUCUGCCCCCAUCACCUCAGGGAGUGGCAGGGGCCAGGGAGAGGAGGGCUCGGGCCCAGCAGGGCUGGAAGCAAAGGAAGCAGCCCACUCCCCUCCCCGCUCCAGAGCUUCGGGCAGCUGCCCCCUGUGCCCUCUGAGACCCCCCUCCUCCUGGCCUGGGGAGCCAGAGGCUGCCUUCCCUGUGGGGACGUGGAUGGGGGUGGUGGUGGAGCUGGGAAUCUAUUUUUUGUAUCAUGUUUUGUGCUACUAUAGUUUGGGUGUGGCACUCUUGUAAUUGAAAUAAAGUACUUGUACCGAGGG